AUGCGUAUCAAAGGUGUUGUACUCCUUACAUUAGCAUUAUUUUUGGGUCUUGGUGGUCUUGUACUUCAUUUAUUAGCUAUAUUUACAACAAAAUGGAAAAUAACAAAACGUGAUAAAGAUCCACCAUUGGCACCCAUUUCAUAUGGUUUAUGGGAACGUUGUGAAAUGCAAAAUGUAACAUUUCAAAAACAAGGUUUACCAAUUAAUCAACGUGCAACAUAUGUUUGUUUGCCAAAUCGUUAUUUACGAUAUUCUGCUGAUCAUAAUAAUGAAUGUUUUCAUCGACGACGUGAAUGUGGUCUAUAUUCAUCUCAAACAUUACCUGAUGGAUGUAAAUGUCGAUAUUUACCAUCAACAAAAGGUCUUCAAUGGUUAACGAUUCUAGCAGCAAUUGUACUUAUUAUUGGACUGUUAUUAUUGUAUAUGAAAUUGAUUGCUACACCGCAAAAUGAAUCAGCCGCAUUUUUAUUAGGUUUUGCUCCAUUUCUGUUCAUUUUAAUGGCAUUUUUGUUCAUGUUAACAACGUUAAUUCUACUUGGUUCAUAUCUACGGCGUGAUUCAUAUGAAGAAUUUCAAUUUCCUUUGAAUACUAUUGAUAAUAAUUCGACGAAUACUCAAAAUCGAUUGUCAUUUAAUUUACAUGGAUUAAAGAAUUAUAUACGCCGACAUAAUGAUCAAUUCACUCGUGAAAGAGCUCGUCUUGCUAAUGCUGAAUUGCUUAGUACAAUUAAUGAUACGUAUCAUACUGUCAUCGGAUGGUCAACAGGUUUUGAAAUUAUAGCACUUGUACUGGUAUUUGGUUCAGCUGUUUUAGCAUUUUUAUUAGCAUUGGCAUCCAAGUCUGAAGAGCCUUAA